GGCGGCGGCGGCGGGGAGGCCGCGGCCGGUGCCCGCUGUCGGGAUGAGCGCCGCGACCCCCCGGCGGGGAGGCGGAGGCGGCGGGCUCGCGUCUCCCGCCCCGCGGCCGCUCGGCAGCUCGGCCACCCCCACGCUGAGCGACUGCCCCGGCAACGAUGACGAGCGGGAGAGGCGGCAGCGGCGGCGUUCGCGGGCCGCGGACCUGCAGCUCGGCAGCACCGAGGCGGCGCUGGGCCUCGUCUCUUCGGUGCCCGGGCAGGUGGAUGUGUCGCUGUCGGUGGUGCCGCGGUGGACGAAUGCGCAGAUCUCGGACCACUACUCCACCUGCAUCAAGCUGUUCACCGAGAACAAAAUCAACACCAAGAAUGUUUUUGGCUUAUACCUGAUAGACUAUAUGACAGAUAUACUGAAACAGAAGGACUCUGAACUGACGAACUUCAAGAUAGCAGCUGGCACCCUUGAUGCCAGCGCGAAGAUUUAUGCUGUGCGUGUGGAUGUAGUCCAUGCAGAUAUGUACAAAGUUCUUGGAGGCUUGGGCAAGGACUCGACACCUACAGAAGAUACGGAGAGCCCAAAAGGAGAAGAAGACAGUGCAGCUUCUGGUACUGUCAAGAGAGUCCAGACAAAGAAAAAGCAUUCAUUCAAAACCAUUGAGCAGAACUUGAACAACAUCAAUGUGACAGAUCAUAAUCGCAGAUGUGAGGUUGACCCCAUGUUUCAGAAAACAUCAGCAUCUUUUGAUGAAUGCAGCACAGCUGGCAUUUUCCUCACCAGCCUGCGUACACAAAGUUGCCACAGUAAGCUCCUCUUUGACUCGGAGAUCGUGCCUCUCCCAUCUUCGGCAACCGUCACUCUGCCAAACUGUGAUCCUGUGACAGUGACAGAUUUAAACUUGCUGCUAUCACAGUGCAUUGAAAAACGCCCCAUCUGCUCUUCACUGGCUGGUUUCCAGUUUACGCAUUGGGAUGCUGAAUCCCAUGAUGAGUCAGUGUCAGCCCUGUUGGAUAAAUUUAAGAAGAGUGAUCAAGUGUUCAACAUCAAUGCAGAGAUAGACAGUUAUGUGGAAGAUGGUGGUCCCAUGCUGCCAGAUGAUGACUUCAACACUGACUCACCCAGGAGUAAAGUAGCAGAUGAGAUUGGGGAAUUCACAGAAAACAAGUCCUUCAGGACAGUCCAUGAGAGCAAGAGACUUGAUGCAGUUCCUUUUGGAGAGGGAGACAUCAGAACCAUGUGCCUUCAUCUCUCCAUGAAGCCAGGGGAAUACUCCUACUUCAGUCCCCGAACUCUCUCAAUGUGGGCUGGCCCAGACCACUGGCGUUUCAAACCUCACCACAAAUCUGGUGCUGUCUCUGAACAGCAGAACAAGAAGAAGAAUGCAAAGAAAGUAUUUGAAGUAAACUUUGAUGAGGAUAUUGACUUUGAGACGUAUUUCCGUAAGACCAAGGCAGCUUUAACUCUGAAAAAAUCCAUUCCGGAAAGCCGGAACAGGAAGGCCACCACGCUUCCUGCAGACUUCAACUAUAACCCUAACAAUUUUGUCCAGCUGUUUCUCAAACCACUUGUUACGCUCUGCAGGCUGCCUGAGCCAGGCAGCUCAUUGGAUCACGAAGAUGAGAUCGGCGAGUAUGAUUACAACAACCCCAAUGACACCUCCAAUUUCUGCCCUGCAGUGCAGGCUGCAGACAGCGAUGAUGACAAUGAUCCCAUUCAAUUCAUGGGCCAAACAGAGGAUUUCAACCUUAAUGCUCACUCUGAGGGUCAAGACGAGGAGUUCAAUGGGGUUGUUGGUGUUGAUAUUGCAAUGUAUGGAGAACUGAACCUCAUUGCUGAGCCCCAGAAGGUCAAUAAGAUAGCAAUUCAGUAUGCAAAGACAGCCAAGAAAAUGGACAUGAAGAUGUUAAAGCAAAACAUGUGGGACAUCUUACUUGAUACAGGAAAAAAACACACAUUGGCAGAGAUUGAAGAUAUGGAGAAAGAGAAAGACCCAUCGGUGGUAACAGGCGAGAAGGCCUUCAGCGACAUCACAAAGGAACUGCUUCACAGGCUGCCUUCUACAAUGGUGAAAAAUCUGUCUGUCCCUUUAGCCUUCACCUGCCUCUUGCAUUUGGCAAAUGAGAAGAAUCUCAAACUGGAGGGUACAGAGGACUUGUCUGAUGUCACGGUGAAACAAGGUGACUGAGCCUUGUGCAGAGAGGAGCAUCGAGGCUUACCCACAGGACAGAGUUCUGCUCUCCAGCUGGCCUGUUCUUGCUAUGGACUGUCUCAUCAGUGGCAGAUUUUUUUCCUCCCAGACUCGUUGCUGAGAAAUCCCACCUCAGAAAGACUUUUAAAUCAUGGACAUGGUCCUACCUAAACACAGAGCCCAUACAGAUGGACAGUUACAGUUCAGCCUGACAUCUUUGAUCCAUUACCUCUUUCCUGGGCCUUGAUAGCAGAGUUCUGCAAUCUCACUGUGAACCACCAGUACCUGUUAGCAAAACGCUGCUUCAUGUGUCACUCACUGUCUGCCUGUAAUUCCUAGCACACUGACUGGUAUUCAUGUCUCCAAUUCUUCCUUAAGUCCUGUUCCUUUGCCUGGUCUUUCCCUGAAGUGAUUUAUCUUUUGUACUGAGCUUAACAAUAAUAAAUACCUACAGACUUCUUUGAUGAA